UAUAUUUCUAGGGCAAAUCAUUCCAGCCUCCCCCAAUCGCCUCCAUCUCUAUUCUCGUUCUCAACUCUGAACUUGCCUCCACCCCUCUCUCUGCAACUGCAAACUACAAAAUCUACAAGAAUCAGAAGUUCAAAACCCAUAUAUUUCAGUUUCUCUAUCUGUCCGCAAGAAUCAAAAGUUCGAAACCUAUUACUUAUAUCAAAACCCAUAUCGGCAUAUCAUUUCAGAUUGUUCAAAACCCAUAUCUUUCAGUUUCCAUCGCCGGCUGUUCCAGUUCGGGUUCGCCGUUCGCAAGCUUCAGCCGCUGUCUCUCAACUCUCAAGCUUGCCCCUCUCUCUCUCUGCAACUGCUAACUUUGGUUAGCAUCGGGUCUUAACAUUUAGUAAGAACAAGGUUCAAGAAACAUGCCUCCUCAGUCAUCGGGUUUCUUUUCUGAAAGAAGAGAGUUGAUGGGAAUGGGUGGAGUGGGCAAAAAGAAAAUAGACUGGUAUCGAGACACUGGAGGGCACUGCACCACUAAAUGGUUGGAAAGCGUCUUGAUCACCUUGAUCACGCCUCCAGGUGAUUCAAAUGGGUACCUGGUUAUGCACUGUUAUGGUGGCAUGUACAGGCAUCGGAGUGAGAUAUCGGAUGCAGUGAUUGCUGCUCGAGCUCUAAACGCAACCCUUGUCGUUCCAAGAUUGGGUGCGGAGUUUGAAUUCCGUCGGAUAUACAUGGUGUCCCAUUUUAUAAAUUCCUUGAGGUAUGAUGUUAAGAUUGUUGAAGUCAUACCUCAAGGAAACAUAACAGAUCCUUACAAGGUUUGUCCUCCAAAAGUUCUGCGUCUAGGGUGGCUGACGAAGGUUGCAUUGCCUAAAUUGAGGAAACAUGAAGUGAUUAUCAUCAGUCACUUGAAGGUUGCAACGGAGGAUGCCGAGUUGCAAAGGCUGCGGUGCAGGGUAUCUUUUCAUGCUCUUAGAUUUACUUCACCUAUAACAAGUUUGGGUAAUGAACUAGUGGAUACACUGCAAAGAAUGGGGUAUUUCAUUGCCAUGCAUGUCCACGUCGAGUCCGAUGCAUUAGUAUUGUCUCCAACAGAGGACCUAGCUACGAAGAGGAUUUUUGGCAGGGGGUAUGAGAGGGACGAAUUGUACAUCCUUGGGACAUCUCCAAUUCUUGCACAUGCUUCCGUAUUACCGGACUAUGGCAGGGUUAGCAUCGGGCCUUAACAUUUAGCAAGAACAAGGUUCAAGAAACAUGCCACAUCAGUCAUCAGGUCUUGUCUCUUUUCUGAAAGAAGAAAGUUGAUGGGAGUGGGUGGAGUAGGGAAAAAGAAGAUAGGUAAUACAAUUGUUGUUAGAAGCCUCAAAUUCCCGCCAAUACCUUGAAGAGCUGCCGCCACAAGCCGGAUCUUUUGGGUUAUACCCUGGACUUGCUUUAUUAUGAUAUUCCGACCAAUGCCAUUAUACAGAUUACAGGUCGCUGGCCAUAGCUCGACUUGAAGGUGACUUGUAGCGAGUCAGAUUUAUAAAUCAAAAAAUCAAAGUUGCUGUCAAACAAGGGCAAUCCUCCUCAGCUGAACCAGAUUUGGCAGUCAUCGGCGAUAAUCAUCUCCGGUAUAACAAUGAGCUAUGCCACAAAGUACUACUUGGUCCGGGUUGGAAUUGGCCAACCCAAUCCUCAGUACGUGUACAUGAUAUUGGACACAGGCAGUGACAUCUCUUGGGUGAAAUGUUCUGUAAAAGAUGGCUUUGACCCAGACAGGUCGCGUUCCUACGUACAACUAAACUGCGAUUCACACGAGUGCAACUAUCUGCCAGAAAAGAACAGAGAUUGUCGGACAGAUAAAUGCUCUUACAAAAUCAUUUAUAUGGAUGAGGCAUCCUCUGCAGGCGAUUUGAUCCUAGAAAUAUUGUCAUUUGAUAGCUCAACAUGGUAAUUGGAUGUCAUACUGGAGUGCUAAAUGUUUCAAAAAGAGCCAUUGUGGAACCUGGGCGGUGAUAUGAUUCUUGUUUCCCAGCUCAAAGCCUCGUCAUUUUCCUACUGUCUUGUGGACCGUGACUCCACCUUGUCCUCUACUCUCGAUUUCAACUCGACAGCGCCUAGCGAUUCAGUCGUCGUUCCCAUGAUUCGAAACAAGAAAUCCGGAAUGCUCUUCUUCCUUGAGCUGACUGGAAUCAGUGUUGUGGAGGUUUGUUUCUUGCAAGAAUCUACUCCCAAAGGUGGAAGAUCAAGUCCUAUGUUCUAUCUAUCAUAUCCAUGGUUAUCAAUGGUUGCCAGCUCUAUCUCAUACAUGAAUCAAGCUAUGAAUGCUUUUCCUAACCAGACUUAUAUGAUCAUCGGUUAAAGGGAGUGUACCUGAUGAUGUGGUUUCUCAAGAGAAUAUCAACUUUUCUUUAGCGUAGCUUCUUACGAGUGGUCUUGUAGCUAGGUCAAAUCUUCAUUCAUUGGUAGAAACACUCAAUUGCCUGAAGAGAGCUUUCUCAUCGAAAGAUCAAUGCUCUUCUAAGGAAAUAUGAAUUCAAAUAGUUCUUUUGGUAUGAUGUCAAAUUCGUAUUUUUAUUAAGUGUGAUGUGGAAUUAAAAGUCUUUAUUUAUCUUA